AUGUAUCUAUCGAAAGUAUCACUUAUGAUAAGGAUAUUCCAAAUCCUUCAUUGUUUAUUAACAACCCAUCCCAAGCUCUCACUGCCGAUUCGUUAUCUAAUAUUCUUAUUUAUUGACUUGUUUUCUUUUCUUUGCUUUCGCUUUCAUCAUCUUCAUUUUUCUUUUUCUUUUUUCUCAAUAUACUCCCUCCCUUUCUCUCUCUCUCUCUCUCUGUUCUACUCUCUUCCUGUUUUUCUCUCUGUUAUCUUCUCUUUAUCCUACUCUCUAUUUAUCCAUCGUUUCUUUUUACCUGGCCUGGAACCACUGAUUCCCGUCAAAAAUAAGCCCGAAACUCAGUCACACGAAAGAUUAUUUCAGCUUUUAUUUUCUUUCUUUUUAAAAUUUAUUUCAGUCUUUCGACGUUUUAUUAUUUUUUGCUGGUUUUAUUAUUUUUUGCUGGUUUUAUUAUUUUCCCCUGGUUUUUCUUUCUUUUUCAAUAUCACUUCUUUCCUACUUCUCUCUAUUUCUCUCUCUCUUCUCGCUUUCUCUUCGCUCUCUCUCUUUCUCGCUAAUUACCACCCUCUAUUUAUUUUCCUUAAAAUCAUUUCUUUCUUUCUCUCUCUCUAA